AAUAUAAAUAUCGCCCACAACGUCUCUCCUAAGCCCUCACUAAUCCUCCGCUCCACCACCCUUUCCCUUAGGCCCUCGUUAAUCAUUAGCUACAGCGCUACUAAACUCUCUAGGGUUUUUCCUUUCUUUCGAGCAUUGUCCUUUGCCUAGGAUUUUCGAAGAAACUCAGCAGUUGAAUAUGUCGUUGAGGCCGAGCACGAGAACCGAGGUCCGCCGUAACCGUUACAAGGUGGCGGUUGACGCGGAGGAAGGUCGCCGUAGAAGAGAAGACAACAUGGUGGAGAUCCGAAAAAGCAAACGCGAAGAGAGUUUACAAAAGAAGCGCCGUGAAGGCCUUCAAGAUCAAGACUUCGCCCCUUCUGUUCACUCUUCUAACGUCGAAAAAAAGUUAGAUAGUCUUCCAUCUAUGGUUGCCGGCGUUUGGUCCGAUAACGGUGCAUCUCAGCUAGAGGCGACUACCCAGUUUCGAAAAUUGCUUUCAAUAGAGAGGAGUCCUCCAAUUGAGGAAGUGAUACAAUCUGGCGUUGUUCCUCGCUUUGUUGAGUUUCUUAUGAUGGAAGAUUUUCCACAGCUUCAGUUUGAGGCUGCCUGGGCACUUACAAAUAUUGCUUCUGGAACCUCGGAGAACACAAAGGUAGUUAUUGAUCAUGGAGCUGUUCCGGUUUUCGUGAAGCUUCUUGGUUCCCCAAGUAGUGAUGUUCGUGAGCAGGCUGUGUGGGCAUUGGGGAAUGUUGCUGGUGAUUCCCCUAGAUGUCGUGAUCUUGUUCUCAGUCAUGGAGCUUUGAUGCCGCUGUUAGCACAGUUGAAUGAACAUACUAAGUUGUCAAUGCUGAGAAAUGCCACUUGGACAUUAUCGAAUUUCUGCAGGGGCAAGCCACAGCCUCCAUUUGAACAGGUGAGACCAGCUCUUCCUGCACUUGAACGUCUUGUUCAUUCAAAUGAUGAAGAAGUUCUCACUGAUGCCUGUUGGGCUCUCUCGUAUCUGUCUGAUGGUACAAAUGACAAAAUUCAAGCUUUGAUUGAGGCAGGAAUUUGCCCGCAACUUGUUGACCUUCUGCUUAAUCCGUCUCCUUCAGUGCUCAUUCCUGCUCUCCGAACAGUUGGAAAUAUUGUGACAGGAGAUGAUUUGCAGACUCAGUUUAUUAUUGAUCAUGGUGCAUUAUCAUGCCUUCGGAGCCUGUUGACCCAUAAUCAUAAAAAGAGCAUAAAAAAAGAAGCUUGCUGGACUAUCUCCAAUAUUACUGCUGGAAACAAGGAACAGAUUCAGGCUGUAAUAAAUGCUGGGAUAAUUGGGCCCCUGGUCAACCUACUUCAAAAUGCUGAAUUUGAUAUAAAGAAAGAAGCAGCAUGGGCAAUUUCAAAUGCUACUUCUAGUGGUACUCAUGAGCAAAUCAAAUACCUGGUUAGUCAAGGAUGCAUAAAACCUUUGUGUGAUCUCCUUGCAUGCCCUGAUCCAAGAAUUAUAACCGUCUGUCUAGAGGGGUUGGAGAACAUUUUGAAGGUUGGUGAAGCUGAGAAGGCUGUGGGUGCUGGAGAGAUUAACUAUUGUGCCCAAUUGAUAGAAGACGCUGAGGGAUUAGAAAAGAUUGAAAAUCUGCAGAGUCACGAUAAUAAUGAGCUCUAUGAGAAGGCAGUCAAGAUUCUUGAGACUUACUGGUUGGAGGAGGAUGAAGAGACACUUACCCCUGUUGAUGGUACUCAGCAAAGUUUCCAGUUUGGAGGGAAUGGGCUUCAUCCAUCUGGUGGAUUCAACUUCAGUUGAAGGGCUUUAUAGCUGGUUGGAUUGGAUUAAGCAAUCCGUAAUGCAGGUUACGACUGAUACUUUGGGUCAAAGUUUGACGGCGGGUUUGGUCAGGCACCUUGACGGGUCUGGUUAUAUAGUCUGUCCAGUGUCCACUGUGGUCAACGAGGUGCGUAGUUAGGUCUAUCUAUACCAGAUUUCCAAAUAUGGAUGGGGUGGGUACCGUUAUGAGCAGGCAAAGUUGUCUGCAAUAUAUUCAUUGUACCAGGAAAUUACAUGUGAAAUGGUUCAAUGCAAUGCAAUGGGAGGUGUCCCCUGGGCUUUAGCUUUGUAUAGACAGGACCCCUUCACUUAAAUGGGUAUGUAGGUAAAGAGUUGCCUUGUGUUUGUUUGAGUCGAGUUCUUUCAGUCUCUAGAUGGCCGGUAUUUGCUUUCUCAUGACUUGAAUAAUGUUGAAUAUUGAGUAUUGAUAAACCUCAUUUUAUGGCCUAUUGCGAGAAGAGAAAAAGAAAUUUAACACUAUGUUUGGAUUGAGAGGAGAGGAAAGAAAGUAAUGGAAUCAGAAAAAAAAAAAAUUCGGUUUGAAU